AGUAGCGUGUGAACUGUCACAUGACCGAGGGAUGAUAACUGAGCUCUGUGCUGUGCUGUCAGUUGGAGUUUGUGACAGGCUGUAGUGCUGAUUUAUAGAGAAGUGUGGAACAUAUACAGAAAUGGACGGUAUGGAGUCUCGGAGUAAGACUGUGGUGGUAACUGGUUUCGGCCCAUUUGGUGAACAUGAGGUGAAUAGUAGUUGGGUUGCUGUGCAGGAACUGGAAAAGUUAGGCCUUGGAGAUGACAUUAAUCUAAAAGUUUUUGAAGUUCCAGUUGAAUAUCAGGCAGUACAAAUGUUAAUCCCUGAAUUACUGGAAACACAUAAACCACAGGUAAUUGUUCAUGUAGGAGUUUCUGGCAUGGCUUCAACCGUGACAAUAGAGAAAUGUGGUCACAAUGCUGGUUACAUACGGAUGGACAACUGUAAUUUCUGUCCAGGGAUGUAUUGUUGUGUUGAAGAAGGCCCUGAAUAUUUACACUCGAUUAUUGACAUAGAUGCCGUCUGCAAAGGAGCUUCAUCAGCUUGUCCGGAAGUUCAGUUCACAGUGUCUACAGAUGCUGGCAGGUACCUCUGUGAUUUCAUUUACUACACAUCAUUGCAUCAAAGCCGUGGCAAAUCUAUGUUUAUCCAUGUUCCCCCUCUUGGUAAGCCUUAUACAGCGGCACAACUCGGUCAGGCUCUGCAGGCCAUUUUAACAGUCAUCCUGGACUUGCUCGAGUAUUCAGAAGACCAUUAAAUAUGCCAUCACUAACACGAAUAUGAAUAAAGAACAUAUCUGCAGAACAAAAUUA